UAUCCAGCUUGAAGAUGGCCAAGAAACACGUAAAACGUGUAUUAAAUGAUGAUGAGCACGUGAAAGUUUCUCCUAAGAAAAAUAAAGUAAAGGAAGACGUGUCUCCUAAAAAGAAGAAGUCAAAACUUAAUUCUAAUAAGCCAAUUUUGAAAAUAAAACAUGAAAAGGACGGUGUUAAAAAGCUUUCUAAAAAAAAGUCGUUAAAAAAAUUGAAGACGCUGAAUGUAAAUGAAGACUUGCUUUCUGGAAGCUUAGAGGAUAGGAAACAGCUUCUGCAAGUAUUACAAAAGCUAAAGAAAAAAGAAAAGCUAAGUAAAAUAUCUGACAAUCAUGAAUCCAAAGAAAUAUCACGAAAAAGGAAGCAUCAGGCAAGUCAUUCAGAAUCCAAAAAGGAACAACUCAAAAAUGUUGAAAAUGAGGAAAUAUCUGUGGAAAAGAAGUCAAAGAAGAAUAAGAAAAUUCAAAAGUCUAAGGAUUCUGAAGAACCUUCAAACGCUCGAUCUGAUGUACAAGAGUCGACUGGGAAACCAAGACAGAAGAACAAUAUAGAUUCAUUUGACUCACCCACCAAGUCUAAGAAGAGAAAACAUAAGAAGACAUCUAAACAUGAGGAAGAAAGUGAUGUACUAGAAAAAUCAGACCAAGGAACAAAAGUUAAAAAAGAUAAAGUCAUAAGUACAAAAAGAAAAAGUCGAUUUGAGGAUAAAAGAGAUGAACGUCUAAAAAAAAGAAAAUUGAUCCGAGCAGAACAAGGCCAGUUUAGUUCAUAUAAUAAAUUAUCGGUCGAUGAAAUGAAAGCAAAAAUUACCGAUUUCCAAAGUCGUGAAAAGUUAUCCAAAACAGCUUUGAGAAAAUUGCGAGUUCUGAAGAAAAAACUCAGCGUGGCAGAAGGCACAGCUGAUAAAAAAGAGCCUGAAAAGCGGAAGUCUGAUGUUUUAGAGGAAUCUAUUCCCAAGAGUAAAAAUAAAAAGUUGAAAAAAGAUAAGGCAAUAAAAAAGAAACAAACCAAGAUUGAAAAAGAUAAUGAAGAUCACUCAGUACUCAGUGAAUCUGCUAUUAGCAGCAACAAUGAUACUAAUGAUAAAGACGUAAAAGUUGUUGAAUCAAAAAACAAAAAAUCGAAAAAAAAUAAUAAUCAAGGUAAGACAAAUAUUUCUUCAAAAAAAUCUAAUCAAUUAAAAAAAGUCGUUCCUGCCAAUGGAAUAGAAAAUGAUGAAGAAAAAGAUGAAAAAGAAGAUGGUGAGAUUAGCGACGAUGAAAAUGAAAUUCCGAAUGAAAAUGACAAAGUAGAUGAAAUUAGAGGAAAGAAAAAAGAUGAAAAUUUAAAAAAAGUUGACAAAACAAAUGUAUGUGACGACACUACUCCUCAAGUUAAAAAACAGAAUGAAAAUAGAAAUGAAGAAUCUCCUAAAAAGCGACGAUAUGUACUGUUUGUUGGAAACUUAACUUACGAUACUACAACUGUAGAUAUAAAAAAACAUUUCCUGACCAAAGUUGACAUGGUCAAAGAUGUCAGGAUCCCUUUGCUACCUAACACUAAUACGCCACGUGGCUUUGCAUACGUUGAAGUUGAAAAUACUAUGGAUUAUGAGAAAGCCCUUUCACUUCAUGGAACCUUUAUCAGGGGUAGAAUGAUAAACGUUGAGUAUUCAUUACCUGGGUCAAAAAAGGUUGGUAAGAAACCAGAACUUGUUCAUAAAAAUAAAAAGUUACAUGCCAUGCGAAAGGCUGGAAUGUUGGCGGGAAGCAAGAAACCCAAACCUUUUUAUAAAAAGCAGAACUCGUCGAGUGCAAAUGCGAACAAAGUUGCUCAAAACUAAUAUGAAAAUAUCGUACCAUAUUUUACCAUCGUGUACAUUACCUUGAUGCCGUUUUACUUGAUCUAGGUUUUUUAUUACAUGCUGGCAUUUUUUUACUGUUUACCAUAGAUACUGUAAUACGGAAAAUUUUUUUUUUUUUCGUGAGUUUUUAUUUCUUUAUGCACAAUGAAAAUUUCAUUGAUACUGAAAUCUCCACAGGCAAUACUGAUUUCUAGAUUUUUUCGAGUGACUGAUUAAUUAUAAAAAUGUAUUUUUAAAAGAGUCGCAAUAUAUUACAUUUAUAGUUAAAGAACAGAUAAAUCUUGUUUGAAUAUAUUAAAAAGUAUCUGCAUUUUUAAUAAUGUGUGAUAAUUUUUGUACAACAGCAUAAACUUUUGUAUGCAAACAUCACACAAUUGUUUAUUGUAAUCAAAAAAUUGUAAAUAUGCUCUUAGGUGUACACCACCCUGGAAUGAAUCAAAAAUAUUUUGUACGUAUAUUAUAAAAUAAACAUCAAAGGGUUACUUGAAA